GGUGAGCUUCUGUUCAGCCUCGUGAGAUAAAAAUAUUCUUAUUUUAAUACCUUACUUUGACUAACUUUAACGCUACAGUUUAAUGGAAAUCAAACCAAUCAAGAUUUUUAGAUUCUGCCGAAACCAGCUUUUCGCUUGAGAUGGAUUAACUUCGUCCAGGACGUUCGAUUUUUGCGCUCUCCUUGCAAGAAAACCCCGUGCCAUGUUGCGAAGAAGAAGCCAGUUUUUUGUGCUCAUUGACAAUGCUCUUUCUGUGAAAGCGGAAAAAGAAGAGGAGCGAAAGGAAGAGGAGCCCGCAGCGAGCGCUUUUGAGGAGUAUCUGCAGACGCUCCUCCAGUUGAAGGCAACCAGUGCUGAUCAGUUUGAAAACUUGGAGAAGCACACGCAGUGGGGAAUCGAGUUUGUGGAGAAGUACAACAAAUUUGUGAAGGAGCGAUCGGAGAUCGAAAUCAACUAUGCAAAGCAAAUUAGGAAUCUUUCAAAGAAAUAUCAACCCAAGAAGAACUCGAGGGAAGAAGAAGAGAGCAAGUACAGCUUCUGUCGAGCCUUCUUCACGACCCUUAACGAGCUGAACGACUACGCGGGUCAGCACGAGGUCAUAGCGGAGAACUUGACCUCCCAAAUCUUUGUUGAGCUUACGCGCUACCUGCAGGAGCUCAAGGCUGAGAGAAAAACGCAUUUCCAUGAUGGACGCAAAGCACAGCAGUACAUUGAAAGCUCGUGGAAGCAGCUGGAAUCGUGUAAAAGAAGGUUUGAGAGAGACUGCAAAGAGGCAGACAGAGCACAACAAUACUUUGAGAAGAUGGAUGCUGACAUUAACGUGACUAAAGCUGAUGUGGAAAAGGCACGACAGCAAGCUCAGAUGAGGCACCAGAUGGCUUCUGACAGCAAGGGCGAUUACUCAUCCUACCUGCAAAAGUUCAACCAGCAGAACGAUCAUUACCACACAAUAAUUCCCAACAUAUUUCAGAAACUUCAAGACAUGGAGGAGAAAAGGAUCGAGAGAAUAGGAGCAUGCAUGAAGACGUUUGCAGAGGUGGACCGUCAAGUGCUGCCCAUCGUGGGAAAGUGUUUAGACGGCAUGACUGCAGCCGCCGAGUCCAUCGAGCCCAAGACUGACUCCCAGCAGGUGGUGGAGUCCUACAAGUCUGGCUUUGCCCCGAGCGAUGUGGAGUUCGAAGACUACGGUCAGGCCAUGAAGAGGACGGUGUCUGAGAACAGCCUGUCCAACUCCAAAGAGGGCAAAGAAAAGCCUGCCGGCAAGAGCAAGCCCAAACUGUGGCCUUUCAUUAAGAACAAGAACAAGCUUAUGUCCCUGUUAACGUCCCCCCGUCAGCCCCCACCUGCCCCCCCAGCCUCAUCCCUGCCCUCACCCUCUGCUGUUCCCAACGACCCCCAGUCUCCCAAGCAGCACAAGGAGCCCCUCUCCCAUCGCCUCAACGACUUCAUGGCCUCCAAACCCAAAAUGCACUGCCUCCGGAGCCUGAGGCGAGGGCUUUCUCUCAAGCUGGGAUCUGGACCAGAGGAUUUCAGUCAUCUGCCACCAGAGCAAAGGAGGAAGAAGCUGCAGGGCAAGAUUGACGACAUCAAUAAAGAUAUUCACAAAGAGAUGGACCAGAGGGAUGCACUGACCAAGAUGAAAGACGUGUAUAUAAAGAACCCCCAAAUGGGCGACCCGACCAGCGUGGACCCCCGGCUGACGGAAAUAGCCCAGAACAUCGAGAAGCUCCAGGCUGAAGUGCAGAAGUUUGAGGGGUGGUUAGCGGAAGUAGAGGAGAGGAUGCCUUCGAAGAGCGACUCACACCGUAGAAGCGGACUUUACGAGACUCAGAGCAACAUAGCAGUGAGCAACAACUGUGCGCAAGACAGAGAGAGCCCGGACGGCAGCUACACAGAGGAGCAGAAUACAGAAACUCAGGUUAAAGCCAACAUCAACCCCAACCCCAACACCAUCCCCACCACCAUGCCGGACGACGAAUUCGACGAUGACGACGAGCCGCUGGCCACCAUCGGCACCUGCAAAGCGCUGUACCCUUUCGAAGGUCAUAACGAAGGCACCAUCGCCGUGGCCGAGGGCGAGCUUUUGUACGUCAUAGAAGAAGACAAAGGAGACGGCUGGACGCGGGUUCGGAGGAACCAGGAUGAAGAGGGAUACGUCCCAACGUCCUACAUUGAGGUCAAUCUGGAACCGAAUGCCAAAGGUGCUAUGACGUACAUCUAACUCGGCAAGCUCACCCUGAGACAGAUUGUUUUUUUUUGUGUUACUUUAAUCAAUAUCUUUCCAUUGACUGGGUCAAAGAUUAUAGAUUGUUAAUAGCCGCUCGGAAAGACGCACUUCCCGUCUCCGUAGAGGGAAGGACCAAUCAGAUUUGUCUGCUGUGCCUCAUGACAGAUGAAGCAGGGAGCGUGUCUUUUAAUUCUGAGGUCCGUUGUGUGAAGACUCUUGAGGACAAGGCACACAUUUUCACUGCAGUGCCACCUAGUGGUCAUACAACACGGGUUCAUGACACCUCCAGUCAAAGCUGUGGGACAAAUCAGCUGCUGACAAUGAUCACUGAUACAUUUCAAACACAAACCUCUUGAUUACACUUGAGCUAGAGUCUUAAAUGUUACAAUAUGGACUUGAAUUAUCAUAGUAUUAUGCAAGGGGUCUGAUCCACCACCUGAAAGACCGUCUGAAUCGUGUGUUUUUGUAACUCGUCGCACCCAAACGACAAACAUGCUCAAUGUGCAAUCAUACAAAACGCUGUCGAGCUCUGCUGUAUUAAUUUUAUGUCUUCAGUUACUUUUUGUAGGCCGAUAAGUAAUAGAAACACAAUAACAACUCACCUCUAAAAAUGUUGCAUGCCUUUAAUGUUAUAGAUUCUGGCACAUCAGGAAAUGUAAAACCAAUUAUUGUUCCCAAUGAGGGAUGAUUUUCUAAGAAUAACAAUCCAGUUUACUGCGUUUUUUUCUUUGAUUGCUCUUUUCCACAUUCUCGAUUCACUUUUUGAUAAGUGUAUUGUUGGCCUGCUCUGGAUCUUUCUCUCCAGGCCAGUGGUAAAGGAAUAAAGGAAAAAGAAAUCUCAGCUCUAUGGUGAGGCUGAGCUGAUGUUGCGACUUUUAAAAGCUCAGUUGUGUCUUGCAUGGGUCUUCUAGCAACACCUUCUGUCAUUCCACUUCACUGCCACACAAUAUUUAGCGCAACCUAACAGACUCACUACUUCUCAGAUUAGUACAAAGGCCCCAGUUUGGCUUUCACAGGGUUUGUUAUAGCACUUUCUUUACUUUUUUUUU